AUGGCACCUCGAGGCCCUGGGCUCCUGGUGGCACUUCUUGUCCUGAGUCUGUGUGCCCUGGCGGCCAGCACAAAGCCCUCCCCCUGCCAGUGUUCAAGGUUGAGCCCCCAAAACCGCAAGAACUGUGGCUUCCCUGGCAUCACCAGUGACCAGUGCUUCGCUGCCGGGUGCUGCUUCGACUCCAAUGUGGCUGGCGUCCCCUGGUGUUUCACCCCACUUCCGAUGCAAGAGUCGGAGCAGUGCGUCAUGGAAGUGAAGAGCCGCAAGAACUGUGGGUACCCGGGCAUCAGCCAGCAAGACUGUGCCUCCCGCAAGUGCUGCUUUUCCAACACCAUCCCGGAAGUGCCCUGGUGCUUCUUCCCAAUCUCCGUGCAAGACUGUCAUUACUAAGAUGCGCUGGCUGGGGGGUCCAUCGGGCUUGAUGGAUGUGCUGAAGAAAAAGAGAAAAAGAGAAGAUGAAGUAAAAGAUUGGCCAUCUCGUCAGCCUUGCAGGUCACAGCUCCUGAGUUCCUGGUCUUUUUCCAUCUGCUUUUUACUCUUAUAUGUAAUUUCUUCGAAUAAAGUAAACCUCUGAAAUCUG